AUGAGUGAUGUUGAAAAAGGCAAGAAGAUUUUUGUUCAGAAGUGUGCCCAGUGCCACACUGUGGAAAAAGGGGCCAAGCAUAAGACUGGACCAAACCUCCAUGGUCUGUUUGGGUGGAAGACAGGCCAGGCUGCUGGAUUCUCUUACACAGAUGCCAACAAGAACAAAGGCAUCACCUGGGGAGAGGAUACCCUGAUGGAGUAUUUGGAAAAUCCCAAAAAGUACAUCCCUGGAAAAAAAAUUAUCUUCGCUGGAAUUAAGAAGAAGGGAGAAAGGACAGACCUAAUAGCUUAUCUUAAAAAGGGCUACUAA